AAGCUGGUAAAACUUUGAAUCUGCGACUCUGCAUUCACACACUCGAUUGUAAGAUAACGUAGCAGAUAACGUCGAGUUGGAAAAUUUCGAAAAGAAAAAAAAAAAAAUUCAAGCAACCUAUCUAUCUAGAUCCAGGCACAGUUACGCUCUUUCAGAGAUUAUGACGAUACCAGCUCGUAAACGGGGGGGAAAGAAACUCGAAGAAACCCCUACGAAGGUGAAUCACCUUCCUUUGAAACUCUGAACGAAACUUCCGGAUGAUAGUCGGGAGUUAUCGACGAGCUGUUCAAACAAGAUCAAUGACACGCUCGUGCGGAUCACACCGUUAGACGCGUCACCGUUGCGCAGAGAUAGAAAAAAAAAAAAAAAAAAAUGUCGUCCUCUUUCGAGAAGCAGCAAAAGAGGCAGACUAUCGCCGGGUGCAGGAGGAGUUCGAAUUUCUGCAGCACGCCGGUGAUAGGCGAGGCGAAGAAGCUGAGCAGCAUAAGUCUGUCCGGGAUCGAUUCCAACUCCUCGUCGGCGAGGGAGCAAAAUCGGAGGGAGAUCCUGCUGGAAAGUUUCGCGAGGAAGCAGAAGAGGAAGCGGAAGUUGCAGCCGAAGAAGGCUCCUUCGAAACCGGAAAGGAAGUCGAAGCGAGCCAAGAGGAACGACGACGAGAAAAUUAAUACGGAUACAGAUUGGGAAACCUGCGACGAGGAAUCAAGGCGUCAGCCUUUAGCCCGAAAAGCGUCGACUUGCUCUGCUUCCGGAUCAGGGACUGCCGACGUCCUGUUUCGGGAUUUGGGAUCGCCGGAGAAGGUUCGAAGGACGUCUCGUUUUGUUGAAAAUCGUUUGGAAUCGCCACUAUUGAGGCCACGCCCGUACGAGCUCGAAAGUCCAGAGAGAGUCGAUUUUGAUUUGAAAGAGGACGAAGGGAGAACACUUCCUUUGAAGGAUCUGCCCUCUUCUCGCAUAUGCUUGGAUGACUCUGACUCUGACUCUGACAACAGGAGUAGACACAUAAAAGCAGAAGAUGCGGUUAAGAAUUAUCUAGGUCUUAGGAACAAGAGAAACGACCAAAAUCACGUGAGAAUCGAAAAAUGCAAGGAAUGGUUGGUCGACGUAUCGGUUCCAACAGCGUCGAGCGAUUAUCUUUGGAAUGAUUUUAUUAGAAACAAUCACGAAAAUAUCGGCAAAUACCUUGCAUCACCGGGUAACGCGCAGAAAUCGUCAUCGAAGAAGCGUAGGGGUACGAGCAGCGAAAAUGAAGAAGGUGAACGUUCCGUGAUCCAAGGUAGCCCCGAAGGAAAGUUUAAUUUCGAGCAAGCAAAGUUGCGCAAGCAAAUGGGCAUCGUGCGUGGAUAUUGGGACAAAUCCUCGCAGAAAUGGGUUCGAUUUUACGACGUUUACGACUUCCCCGCGGCAGAGGACAAGUUUAAAAGGCGAAUGACCUUGAAUCAGUUCCUUCAGAAAUGCAGAGAUAAGAAAAGACGUUUGGAGGAAGUAGGAUCCAGUUCACAAAAUGUCAAGGAAAAUGUCGAGGAAACUGGCAAAAAUUUGAGCUCGAAUACCCGGGAGAUGAGGAGAGGAAAACACGUUGAUUUUCAAUUUGAACCAAAGAAAUCUAGUGGAACGAUGACGGACAUAUCGGACUCAGAAUUGCAAAGGAUAAAUAGAGUUCGUCAAUUUGCAUCGCGACUGAACGCGAGGAGAAAGAUGAUGCUUGAAACUUUGAAAGAUACUGAAUCACAUAGUGGAACAUCCUCGUUGAAAAGGGUAAAUGAGAAUAACACGGACGAUGGUAAGGAUGAAACAGUAGUGAAACCGAGAAACAAACCUACGAUCAAAUCGGUGGAAAUACUGACAAAAAGAAAAUGGAAAGUCUUAUAGAUAGUAUUUAGAUACUACGUACGAAAUGCGUAUUUAUUCAUGAAGUUAUUUACAAUUGAAAAGCAUUCAGUAUCGUGGAAUAUUGAAUGGCUUAUAGUUCUCGUUACAUUUUCAAAAUUGUUAAUAUUGUGAAGAUUGUAAUUUUUUUUGUAAAUUAUAUACCAUUUUUUUUUGAUUAUACGAAAACGUGGAAUUUUUGUUGCGUAAAUAUAUUCUAUGUACUUACACGUAUGUAGCGCUCGAUUCGAGAAGAAAUAUACAAACAACAUUCAUACUCAUUUGCGUUGAAAAAACGAGUUUUUCUUCUUUUCUUUUUUUUUUUUUUUUUGUGAAACAAGUAGUUGGGAUGUGCUGCAUUAAAGUUAAACACAUUGCGAAAUGUGUGUACAAAAUAUAAAAAUAAUACCGCCAAAGAGGUUAAGACGCAAUAGAUGGUGCGUGCGUGCGACGCGCUCCGGAAGCUUUUCUGAAUUUUGGCCGUUUAAUUCCCUAGAAUUACUUAAUUAUCUGCGCCAAUGAAGAUGUCGCGGGGGGAACCCCGUCGUCGUUUCGUUUUAACACAUUUUCGGAUCGUGUUGUAAAUUAUGAUAUAACUUGGUUAUAUCUCAAG